CGUACCAGAGUCAGCAUGGCAUCUCCCAGCUCCAGCGGACUCGAGGUUCUCCUCUCCACGCUGCAGAAUUGUGGAGACAUCGAGAACACACGGAACAUCCUGAAUGUCCUGGACGAGCUUCUCUCUGCAGGUACAGACAGGAGGAUCCACUACAUGAUCUCUAAAGGAGGAAGUGAGGCGCUGCUCUCGGCUCUGGUAAAAACGGCGCAGCACUCCAACCCCACCUGCCCCCUCCUCCUACCCAUCAUGCACCUCCUGGCUAAGGUGGGACACAGAGACAGGAUGAUCGGGGUGAAAGCGGAGAAGCUCGACGCCGUGGUGCUGACGCUCGGACUGUUACGUGAAAGUUUGGACGACGACAGGAAAGCGACGGCCUGUCUGUGGGUCAUCAGGGUCUUCUGCUCCUCCAGUUCCACUGCGACCCUGCUGGGACACAAUCGAGCUCUUGAUGUUGUUUUUAAUCUGAUAACUCCGCCCACCUCCAAUUACAAACGCAGAGUCAAGGCCGCUGUCGACGCCUUCGCUGCGCUGCUGUCCUCCAAGGAGAACGGGCACAUAGCGGUGGAAAAGGGUUACGUCUCCGGCCUGCUGGAACUCUUUGAAGAGUGGCACGCAUGCGACCCCGAGAACGUCUCCGUCCGCAGAAGUUUUCUACACUGCCUCCACCGGGCUGCUAAGAUCAGCGCUGGGAGAAGCGCUAUAGUCAGCGAUGGAGGACUCACGCUGCUCUACACCACCACACAGGCGUGUCUGUCCAUGAAGGACUCGGAGUCUUUGGUGGAAUCGGCGGUUCAGCUCAUGAGGAAAUGCCACCCGAAAGUUCCUCUGCCCCUCAGCUCGGAUCUCAGCGUGUACACAGUGCCGAUUCCCAGCAAACCUGAAGACGCCUGGAGGCUGGACACGGGCGUGAGCGACGAAAGCCUUGAAGAUGAUGAUGAUGAAGAGGAAGAAAGCGAAGAACCUGAGCUCCACGAUUAUGAAGACGACCUGGAGACGGACGUGACCAAGCUGACGGCCCGACCCGAUCCGGACAGACCCAUUAAGGAGAUGCUGCAGUACGAGCGGUUCUUCCCCGAACUGCACCACGACUUCCAGGACUUAGAUUUCUCCUCAGAUCCCGAGGAGACCUCAGACGAGGACGUCCCGCCCAACAGAGACGCUCGGGACGAGACGGAGGACGACAGGAGGUCCAAAACACGUCGUGGAGAUACUAAGCGGAAACUUGGCGGAGUCGAUCAGGAAGCGGAGACCCCGGACCUGAGCAGCCGCCUCUUGAACUGCUCGGGGAAUCCGGCGGAGGUUCGUAACGGCGUGCUGGACCGACUCCUGGAGAAAUACAGCGCCUCGAUCCCUCAUCACGACCCGCGGCUUUACGCGGCGGCGGCAGCGAACACCAAAUCCAUCGCCGGGUUCUCCAUACUGGCCUUUCCUGAUUUUUGGGGGCACCUUCCUCCUGAGGGACCUGAACCCAUGAGCAUCAGGAAGCCUCACGUCCAGAGAAAGAAAGUGUUUGAAGACAUUCAGCGCCUCCUUCACCCUGAUGACAUCAUCAAUCAAGUGGUUUUUGAUGUUGAAAAUCCCAGAUGUUCUGAACAGACUCCAUCAGAUUCUCUCCAUUUUUUCUCCAAGUUUGAGAACGGGAACUUACGCAAAGCCGUUCACGUCCGCAGACACGAGUACGAUCUGAUCCUCAACGCUGACGUGAACUCAUCGGCGCAUCAUCAGUGGUUUUAUUUCGAGGUCAGCGGGAUGGAGGUGAACGUCUCGUAUCGCUUCAACAUCGUCAACUGUGAGAAAAGCAACAGCCAGUUUAAUUACGGAAUGCAGCCGGUGGUGUAUUCAGUACGAGAGGCGCUGGAGGGGAGACCGCACUGGGUCCGAGCCGGAACUGAGAUCUGUUACUACAGGAACUGCUUUUGCUCCGGUGGGUUCGGACGCCGUCAGUGUUUUUACACUCUGACCUUCAGUCUGACCUUCAGACACCCGGACGACGUGUGUUACAUCGCCUACCACUACCCCUACACCUACUCCGCCCUGCAGUCCCACCUGCAGGUACAUCAGCGCUCCGUCGACCCCCGUAAGAUUUUCUUCAGACAGCAGACGUUGUGUAACACACUGGGAGGAAACGCCUGCCCCCUCAUCACCAUCACCGCCGCGCCCAAAACACACUCCUGGAAACAUCUGCACCAGCUGCGGAACCGGGCGUGUGUGUUCCUCUCGGCGAGGGUUCACCCCGGUGAGUGUAACUCCAGCUGGGUGAUGAAGGGGACGCUGGACUUCCUGUGCAGCGACGACGCCGUGGCCGAGAGUCUCCGGGAGAACUACGUCUUCAAGAUCGUACCCAUGCUCAACCCCGACGGGGUGGUACACGGGAAUCACCGCUGCUCCCUGAGCGCCGACGAUCUGAACCGGCAGUGGUUGAAGCCCGACCCGGUCCUCAGUCCCACCAUCUACCACACCAAAGGACUGCUGUACUACCUCCGCAGCACCGGGAACCCGCCGCUGGUCUUUUGUGACUAUCACGGACACUCGAGGAAGAAUAACGCGUUCCUGUACGGCUGCAGCGUGAAGGAGACGCUCUGGCAGUCCGGGUCCACCGUCAACACCAGCUCACUGAAGGAGGAUCCUGGGUACAGGACGAUCGCUAAAACCCUGGACCGAAUCGCUCCGGCGUUCUCCUUCAACAGCUGCAACUUCCUGGUGGAGAAGUCUCGGGCGUCGACGGCGAGGGUGGUGGUGUGGCGGGAGAUGGGGGUUCUGAGGAGCUACACCAUGGAGAGCACCUACAACGGGUGCAAUCAGGGCAUCUACAAGGGUCUGCAGACGGGGACGCGAGAGCUGGAGGAGAUGGGCGUGAACUUCUGUCAGAGUCUCCUCACACUGAGGAAGAACUCCAUCAACUACAACAGCCGCCUCAUCAGCCACGCAGCCGCCAUCCUGGACAUGGACAACAGCCUGAUGGACCACAAGUCCCACAACUGCUUCGAGGACGACGAGCCCCCGUGCGCUGAGAGCAUCGAGUACUCGACCUACAGCGAGAGGUACAGCGCCGCCCAGCUGGACGAGGAAGUGAACGCCAACAUGUCCGGCCCCGAGAAGAGCCGGGAUGACGAGGAGCGGGGCCCCAAGAAGAACCCCAGGAGAUCCCCUCUGUGUCCUCGGGCCUGCAGGCGGGACUCCAUAGAGACUAGCAUCAAGCGGAGCAACAACAUCGACAUGAGCAACACCUACCUGAGCUGAAAAUAAACAAACGUCGCUCGGACGUCUCAGUCUUAUUUACGUUAAAGGUUAAUUUUUUCUUUUUUUUCUUUUUAAUAAAUAGGGGGUCGUGUUCUGGUUUAUAAAAAAGAGGACACAUGACAGGAUGGCAGCAGGGGCCAGGCGGAGACUGGUGGUGGAAGGUUUGGUUGGGAGGUGGAUUGGCAAAGUAGUUUCAUGUAAUCGGUGGCACCAUGGAAACGUGUAGAAAUUAGGAUUUAAAUUUUUGACAAAUGCACCAAUAAUUCAACUUUUUUUGUGAUUUAGAAAUCCCGACCGGACGCAAUUUUUAGGUCCAACUUAGCGGACAUGUCCAGGUAAAAGAGGACGUACGGUCACCCUAGCUGAAGUACCUGGUUGGCACAGAGGCUCGUGGGUGGCACUGUAACACCCUAAUGCUAAUUUAGCCUCAGCUCAUUGAAGAUUUUUCUGAUUCGUUUUUGUAUCCUAACAGAGUAGAAACUCUUCAGCACUUCUGUAAUUUAAGCUCGUUUUAAUUUAUUUUAUUUCUAUAUUUAUAUUGUUAGAAUUUUACAUUUAUUGUUUUAUUUUAUGUGUGAAAAGUUUAAUCAGUUAAAAAAUUUUAUUUUACAU